AUGUCUCAUACAGAGUCACUGGCUAUUGCUCCAACAAGCACCGCGCAGCAGGUGCGUGAAGCCCUUGCUCAGUUUACCGGGCAGGAGAAGUGGAGGCGUAAUGAAUACUGGAAUUUCUUCCUGGUAACUAUCGCUUCCUGUCUCCUUACCUCCACCUCUACGCCUCCGCGCCUCCGCGCCUCCCCGCCUCCUUACCAAUCUGGAAGAGGGCGACGGGAGAUCUUUGAUUCUAUAUACGAGAGUGUUUCGGAUAAGGAUUGGCUUCAUCCAGUUACGAUGGAAACCGUUGAUAAGCAAUUUAUUGCUCGAGCAAACGAGAAAUGGGGACUCCCUAACGAAAAGUGGAUUUUGGAAGGCGAGUGGCUGCAGAGACGCCCAGAUCUCCUUACGUGGAUGCGGUGGGCCUAUUGGAAAUUAAGCAAGCAGAGAAAACCUACUGGCAGUGUUGCCUCCCCGCCCACUGCUGGCUUAGUGGGCCAGGGUGCUGCCACAAAUGCAACAUCCGGUGAUGGGCAGGGAUCUAGCAGUGAAACAAGGAGUGUGCGAACCUGGAAGGAUGUUGUGUUGGAGAAGUAG